AGCUUGAAAAAAGAAGGAAAAUAAAAAAUGCCAACGUGCAUCCACUCUUUUCCCCGGAAAGAAUGCUAAAUCUGCAAAUUCAUCAAACCCAAUUUUGUCUUCACAUCUUUCCUCCAUAGGCCAAAGAGGUACAUAGUAAGAAUUAGAGAUGGAUGUUGUGCAAAGAAAAGUGAACAAGUUUGGAAGAAAAGUUGCUUUGUUCCCUCAUGUCGACACUAUUGGAAGAACUCUCUUUGCUUCUUCUUUUUUCCUCUCUGCAUGGAAUGAUUAUAUGGAACUCAAAUCCAAUUGGGAAGGAGGAGAGGAUUACUGGAGACCAAAGUUAGGUUAUUCAGGAGAUCAAAUUAAGCAUCUUAUGGCAGUUAGUAUCUUAGUGAAGACGCUUGGUGGACUUAUCUUCAUCUAUGGCAGCUUCUUUGGUGCCUUCCUCUUGCUUAUGUACCAAGGCAUUGCGACAAUGAUCCAUCAUGAUUUCUACAACCAUCGUAUCGACAUUGAGGAAUUCGGACUUCUCUAUCUGAAAUUCAAAAGGAUUCUGAAUGAAACUGUGUCAUACGAAACUGCAUACAAUUUCUACCAAUCAGAUUUUGACCAGCAGAAAAUAGAGCAAGUCAAAUCAAAAUUCCGCGAGCUUGCGGAUCACGCAAUGACAAACCCUGCCUUGUUCGGACAUAAUAAUGAGUUUGUUCGUCGGCUCUUAAGCUUCCUCAAAGGAUUGGCCGUAGUAGGAGCAUUGCUAUUUUUCGUGGAUAUGAAGCAUCGACUCAACAAAGCCAAGAAGACGUCCAAAGUUAAAACAGACUAAGACUUAAAAAGCCAUUUAAAAUCCGUCGUCUUUAUGUGAUAUUGGAUUCGAAUUUUAUAUUUUGACAA